AUGGCUCAGGGAAGAGGCAGUGCGACGCAGGGCCUCGCCCUCGGCCUGGUCGUCGUGUGCCUCCUCCUUGGCGCCGACGUCGCCAGCGCCGCCACGUACACCGUCGACUGGUCGUUCGCCGCGGACAGCUGGACCAGGGACAAGAGCUUCCGCGCCGGCGACGUGCUCGUGUUCAACUACAACCCGUCGGUGCACAACGUGGUGGCGGUGGACGCCGGCGGCUACAGCAGCUGCCAGGGCUCCGGUCCGACGUACAGCUCAGGGGGCGACCGCUUCACGCUCGGAGCCGGGACGAGCUACUUCAUCUGCAGCCUCAGGGGCCACUGCGGACAAGGGAUGAAGAUGGCCGUCAAUGCGAACUGA